AUGUCUCCAUCAGUAGUAUCUCCCACUUUAAAGACCACCACCACUUCCAAACUCAUCACUUUAGCUGCCGGAUGUUUCUGGGGUGUUGAAAAAGUUUUCCAAAAACAAUUCGCUGGUAAAGGUUUAGUUGAUGUCAAAGUUGGUUAUGCUAAUGGUAAACCAAAUAUUGGUGAUGUUAAUUACCGUCAAGUCUGUACUGGAGAGACCGAAUUUGCUGAAUCCAUUCAAAUUGCCUAUGAACCAUCCACAUUGAAACUUGACGAUAUCAUUGACAUUUUUUUCAGAAUGCACGAUCCAACUACUUUAAAUAGUCAAGGUGCUGAUAUCGGUACUCAAUAUAGAUCAGUUAUCAUGACUCACAAUGAUGAAGAUUUAACUGUCGUUACGGCCGUUCAAGAAAGAAUCCAAAAAACCUUCUAUCCUAACCAUAAAAUUGUUACUUACGUCGAACCUAUUAAAGUUUGGUAUGAUGCUGAAGACUAUCACCAAAAAUAUUUACAAAAGAACCCUACCGGUUAUGAAUGUGCUAACCAUUUCAUCAGAACUGAACCAAAAAAGUAA